GCUGGUACAAAGCUAGCAGUCCACAGUAAAACCCAGUGACUUUUAUUUUGAAGCUCAGUUCUGUCUUUGGCGCUCAUGGCUUCACAUGCGCGAGGAGAAGGGCGCAAAAUUUCCCGGGAUAUUUGGGGCCUAGAAAUAAACAACUGACUGUCAUAUGCUGCUCUUGAACCUGAGAGAGAGAAACCUCACACAGUGACGUGUAGAGAUGCCGCCUGUGUCUGGUCUGGACUCGAGUCCGGUUGAAGAAAGCUCCGGGGGUCUUAAACGUUCAGACUGCCUUUGUCCAGUCUGUCUGGACAUAUUCCUGGAGCCCGUCACUUUACCCUGCAUGCACACCUUCUGCAAACCCUGCUUUCUGGAAACCGUGGACAAAUCCAACAUAUGCUGCCCGCUCUGCCGAAAACGUGUGUCCACUUGGGCGCGACUCCACAGCCGCAACAAGACCUUGGUGAACAUGGAGCUGUGGAGACGCAUACAGGACGCUUUUCCCACUCAGUGUGAGCGGAGACUGCAGGGGAUCGAGGACGACGAUGAUGCUGUAACGAUUCCGAGACCUCGCGUGUGUCAGCCAGGAGAGCUGAGGAAAGAGUAUGAGGAUCAGAUCAGUAAGUUGGUGGAGGAGAAGCGAGCUCUAGAGGAAGCUGAGAGGAGGGCCAGUGAGGAGUACAUCCAGCGGCUCCUGGCUGAGGAGGAGGAGCGUACGGCGGAGGAGAGGAGGAGACAGGAGGAGCAGCAGCUGGAGAACGAUGAGAAACUGGCCAGACUGCUGAGCCAAGAGCUGAAUUCAGGACCAAUCUCUGAAACAUCCUGGACCACCAAACCUGCUGAUAAAACACCAGCGAAGAAGACAAAACCAAACAUGGGCGACAUUGAGAAGUUUUUACGUCCAGCGCCUCAUAAACAGCCAAGCAGUUCUGACAGCAGCCCAGACUCCUCUCUGAUGGCUAAUAAGGAGAACAUUCUGAGCCCUCCAAAAGCCCUCUCAGCACGAUCUGUGGAGGACACAAGCAAACUGAGCACACCUGUGCUGGACUACAGCGGGAAACCCUCCACCUCCAGCUCCAGCGGCCCACAACACACUUUUGUUUUUAACAGUCCGAACAGCAGUUCACUGAAAAGAAAGAGUUCAGAGGUGAAGCUUCAGACUGAAGUGGAUCUGCUCACUAAGAGGCCCUGCGAGUCUCCUUCAGCCGAUGGCGCGUUCCUGUCUGAAGUAGUGUGGAAUGAGGAGGCCUUACGGAGCCGCUGGCAGCAGGAGGAGGAGGACCGCAGACUGGCCAUGCAACUCCAGAAGGAGCUGGACCGCGAAAACUCUGUGGACCGCAGGAAGGGUUCAGCCGAUGGCUAUCCGCUCCGGCAAAAACCCCCUCGCCCUUCCACAAGCACAAACACAGACGAGGAAAACACGAGAAAGAGCGUCAGUGCACGGGCGACUGGGAGGAACAGCGAGAAAACCGAAAAGAGACUGUCUGGAACAGCAGGAACGACCCCUGGGAAGAGCCCUGCGUCUUCUCCUUCUACAACCGUCCCGCCUGCUUUGAAGAAGGGGGCGAAGCAGACCACCCUUACUGAGAUGUUCCCCAACCUGAGCAGCUGAAUGUUGCUCUGCUGCUUUUAUCUGGUUUCUUAUUCAGCCUUCAGACUUGAAGCUCUUGUGAGGUGCUGCGCUGCUACUCAAGGACGUCCUGCAGCCGAUUUCCGUUGUCUUUCGGUUUCUGCUCAUAUGUUGCUAACACUCCUUCAGUGCCUUUCCAGUGAUGAUAUAGUUUCAUUUUAUAGAGCAUUUUUAAAGUUAUGAGUAGUUUAGAGAUUGAAAUGGUGUUAAUGCUGCAGAAGAAUAUCAGUUUAUAAGCGUUUCCAGGCAUUUCACUUUGGUUAAAUAAAAGUUCGGUUUAAAAAAGAAAAAAAA